CAUUGAAUGAUGAAAAAAGUGAGGAUUUAUUUUCUAUAUCAACUUUUACUCCCACAACACAAGAGCAAGACAAUUAUAUCGAAUGGGAGAAUAAAAAACUUGAAUUACAGUGGAAAAAUUUAGAAAUUCUUAGAGAAGAAAUU